UCUGAUACAGUUCAGCAGUUUGCCUUGCGGGCGCACAAAUGAGUAAGAUGUGUAACACGCAUGCGUCUUAGCAGCUUAAUGUUUAAACAUGGCGGAAGGGUUAAGAGACCAUGGAGAUAUUAGAGGAGUAUACACUCAAUUGCACAACGCUUCAUCCGUCGAUUUACUGUGGGGAACAAGUGAAAGAAAGCGGACAAGAAAAAAUCAAGUAUCGACGUCAUUUUACCCCGUAGAGAGACUUGUUUCAAAGCGAAUGAAAAAGAACUCGACCGAAUAUUUGGUAAAGUGGAAAAAUUAUAGUGCCUUUGAAAACAGCUGGGAACAUGAGGAAAAUUUGACAGAAGACCUUAUCAGAUCUUAUGACCAGCCAAACAUACAGCCAGAAAGGUUGCAAAAGAAUCUCGACACAUUACAUGUUGGUAUUCUCUUGAAGUUAAAAAGCAGAAGCAAGAAAAACAUUACUAUUGACUUUGAUCAUGAUUGCUUUCGUUACAUAUUUAAUGGCAAGGGCAAGCAGUCAAAAGAUGGGAAAUAUCUUUUGUUAGACAAGGCUGAUUUUGAUAGAUGUAAAUUUGAUGGUAAUUGGGAUACAGUUGGUGAUAAAAUUGGUGAUGGUGUGAGAGUUAAGUAUCCUAUCAAGGUCAGAACUGUUCUAACAAAAUCACCAAGAAAUUUUACGGUGGUUAGUGGGAAGCUUCAGGAAAGUCGUCCAAUGUUGCUGGAAAAACUGUCAUUUGACUUUAUUCGUGAGCCUGUGGUACUUCUACAUUAAAUAUUAGGACUAAGAUAAUAUUUUAAUAUUUACAUUGUUAUACAACCAACAACAACUAAGGCCUGUUCUAAACGUUGCAUUAUACAUGUGGCAAAUGCAUUCAAAACAAUGGAUAAUCAGCUAAAAGACCUGAUUGUUUCAAAUGCAUUUUCCGCAUGUAAACUGCGACACUUAGAAAAGGCUUAAUUAAAUGUACAAACUUAUUUCAUUAUGAAAUUGUGGUAUCUUUAUGUAAUGUAUCACUGUGUCUUGCUAGUAAUGAAUAGCAUUCAGGUGAUCUAAAUUAGCCAAUCAGAAACUAGGGCUACGAGAAAAACUGAGUUAUCAUUUCCUUCAUCUCUUAUAACUUCUGUCCUGGAAACUUUUGAAUAAUUCUAUUAUUUUUAUACAAAAAGAUUUUAAUUUAUCAAUCAAUUGUUUAUUGAAAACUGAAUUUCCCUUAUAAACACUUAGGGGCAAAUGUGCUAACAAAUGCUUCCUAGUAAAUGAUAACUCAGUUGUGUCAUGACGUCACAUGAUAUAAUCAUUUCAGAUCAUCUGGCUGUAAGAAGGUCAGAUAAAAAAAUAUGAUGCAUGGUGAUUGAUAAUGGGUACUGUACAUAUUACCUCAUUUCAUGUUGGCAAAUUUGUCUUAACUGAUCUAUCAGUUCUGUCUUUCUUUUUUUGCUAUAUCCAUGUGCACUUCUUAAUUUUAAUUGUUCCCUUAAAGCAGUAGUUGUCAUUUUUUCAAAGUCCAUUGCAUUGACAGUGCUAAAAUGUGGAAGUUCUUGCUCCAGUACUACAGAAUGUUGUUCAUUACAGUCAUCACUUGCCUCCGUGCGCAAAGUUUGCCUUUUCAAUCUCUGCCGGUUUUCUUUUAUUUCAUUAUUCCAGUACCCCAUGUUUGUUUUGUUAUAUAUCCGAGCCUUUCUUUCAUGACCGCGCAAUUCCCACUGCCGCUGCUCCAUUCGCAACACAUCCCCAGUUGAGUCUCUUUUAUUUGACUUGCGAAGAACGACACUUCGAGCUACAUCAUUGUUUUUUUCCACGCCUUGACCUGUAAAUUGUUUUAUGGAGUGAUGUAACUCGAAAAAUCUGGGGACAUGCUGAACCAUAAUGU